GGGAAGAUAAACCAAAGGUGAAAUACUACUCCUAGUUAUUGCUCCGUUACCGUCCAAACAUGUUUGACCGGUGGUCGACUCUCUCGAUCUUGAUAAUUUCAUCGUACGGGAUCGCUCACGCAGACGCUAAAGCUGUCGACGUAUCGGAAUACCCCUACCACGUAUCCGUCGAAUACAAUGAGGCGCACAACUGCGCCGGAGUUUUGCUGAACGAAGAUUGGAUCCUGACCGUUGCCUCCUGUGUUUUUCGCGAUGGCUUGACCAACUUGACCGUCAGAGUUGCAACGUCGUAUCCGUCCUCCGGUGGUGAACAACUGAAACUUCAAUCUGUCGUAAUUCACGAUGAUUUCGAACCAAUCAAUAACGACAACGACAUCGCGCUGUUGAAGCUUCUCUAUCCCCUUCUAUUCGGAAACGGUAAACUUCCCUUACUGCUACCACCUGCGGAUUAUCAAAUCGCCGACGGAACACUCGCUAUUUUGACGGGAUGGAAAUCGAACGAACAAGGAAACUCCGCCCCUCGGUUGACCGUCAUUUCCACACCUAUAGUCAACCAGACUACAUGCGACGCCAGUUUGCCCGUCUUCAAGGAAUUGACAGACGAUAUGAUUUGCGCCGGCCAUAUGACAGCAGGCACCGAACGCUGCCAGGGUGAUAUCGGAGCUCCGUUGGUUCACGAAGAUUUAUUGGUCGGCGUUUUGUCCUACGGACUUGGCUGCUUGCAACCCGAAAUUCCAGCCGUCUAUACAAGAAUCACCAGUUUCGUUCCAUGGAUAAUAAGCCACACCGGAAACAUGGAUAUAUUUUGAAUGAAGUUAUAAAUGAAUGAUUUCUGCUGAUUUCCAACCUUAGAGAAAUACAAUAUUUAUACACGUA